GACUGUCAAAAUUUUAUUUGUUGUUGAUGACUUGCUUCCUUUUUCUUCGUUAGUUCUUUGAUAAUAUAGUUAAAAAGAAAUAAAUCGUUUUAAUAAUUUAUUUAGAAUUCUAUACAGUAUCCAAAUAGGAAAUCUGAAUAAUGCCUAGUCAAGAAAUUGUUACCACAAAGGUUGUGGUUCACCCACUUGUUCUGCUGAGUGUCGUGGACCACUUUAACCGAAUGGGCAAAAUUGGUAACCAGAAACGAGUUGUUGGCGUACUUCUGGGCUGUUGGAGAGCUAAAGGUGUUCUCGACGUGUCUAACAGUUUUGCAGUUCCUUUUGAUGAGGAUGACAAAGAUAAAUCUGUAUGGUUUCUGGACCAUGAUUACUUGGAGAAUAUGUACGGUAUGUUUAAGAAGGUGAAUGCUCGUGAGAAAGUUGUGGGCUGGUAUCACACUGGCCCUAAACUUCAUCAGAAUGAUGUGGCCAUCAAUGAACUAAUCAGACGCUACUGUCCAAAUUCAGUACUUGUCAUUAUUGAUGCUAAACCCAAAGAUCUGGGUCUACCCACUGAAGCUUAUCAGGCAGUAGAAGAGGUACAUGAUGAUGGCAGUCCUACUACAAGAACUUUUGAGCAUGUACCUAGUGAAAUUGGUGCUGAGGAAGCAGAAGAAGUUGGUGUUGAACAUCUUUUAAGAGAUAUCAAGGAUACAACAGUUGGUAGCCUUUCUCAACGUAUAACAAAUCAGUUACUCGGAUUACGAGGCCUUCACUCUCAAUUGAAUGAGAUCCGAGAUUAUUUAAUACAAGUUGGUCAAGGGUCUUUGCCAAUGAAUCAUCAAAUCAUUUAUCAACUGCAAGAUAUAUUUAAUCUUUUGCCUGAUAUUGCUAAUGAUAACUUUGUUGAUAACCUUUAUAUCAAGACUAAUGACCAGAGUCUUGUGGUGUAUCUUGCUGCACUUGUAAGAUCAAUAAUAGCAUUGCACAACCUUAUCAACAAUAAAAUUACUAAUAGAGAUGCAGAAGAAGGAAAAAAAGAGGAAUCUAAAGAUAAAAAAGAGAAAAAGGAUGACAAAGAUGAUAAAAAAACCGAGGACAAAGUGAAAGGAGAGAAGAAAGAAAAAGAGGAAAAGAAAAAGUAAUUUUUAAUUAGAGAAAUUAGGUUUAAGUUUUCAAUGUAAUGCUGAAUUAUUUUUAAAUAAACUGUGUUUACUAAUGUGAAUC